GCAUAAUCGAAUGCGCCCAUUGUGAAAUUGAAAUGACAACAGCUAGCUAAGGAAGUGAAAGCGGGUAUAUAUAAAACCAAAACUUUGCUUUUGGAGGAACGUAGACUGAGCACCUCCAUAGAACGACAAUCUAAUGAGAAAGCUGUCAGGAUGUUAGUCCUGCUGUACUUCCUCUUUACGUUCGCUUCAUUGGCUGCUUCAGUGGGGCAGACAAGAAGUGGAAAAAGAUGUGACGCGGGUGUUGCGGCCCCCAUUCCGGUGCUGCUCGUGUCGUUUGAUGGUUUCAGAGCUGACUACCUUCAACGGUUCACUCUACCCAACCUAAAGCUGCUGUAUUCGCAGGGAGUCCUGGUGGAACAACUUACUAAUGUCUUCAUCACCAAGACCUUCCCUAACCACUACAGCCUGGUGACAGGUCUGUAUGCAGAGUCUCAUGGCGUCAUAGCUAGCAAUAUGUAUGACCACGUGACUCAUAAGCACUUCACUAUCUUCAACGACACCGACCCUUUCUGGUGGAAUGAAGCUGAACCCCUCUGGGUCACUGCACUGGAUUGUGGGUACAAGACAGGUGUGGCCAUGUGGCCGGGGUCAGACUUGCCGAUCAGGAACAGAACAGCGACUCACUUCAUGCCCUACAACCCCUCCGUGACCUUUAGUCAACGCCUGGCCAAUGUCACUGACUGGCUGACUGGGGGCCAGGGUAAAGGGGAGGGGCCAGUAUCGUUUGCAGCUCUGUAUUGGGAGGAGCCAGACAGGACAGGUCACAUGUAUGGACCAGACAACACCACCCACAUAGGACAGGCUCUUAAAGAGGUAGAUGACAAUGUGGGUCUGCUGAUGUCAGAGCUGAUGCGUGCAGGGUUGUGGGGGCAUGUCAAUGUCAUCAUCACCAGUGACCAUGGAAUGGCCCAGUGUUCCACUGAUCGCAUCAUCAGGCUGGAUGACUGUCUGCACCCUGACAACUACUCAGUAGUAGACCUAACACCUAUCGCUGCUAUCAUACCCAACAAAGACCCCAAGGCUGUAUUUUCCCUACUGAGUGGUUGCCAUACCCACAUGACUGCGUACCUGAAGAAGGACAUUCCUGAUAGGCUGCACUACAGGAACAAUGACAGGAUUCAACCAAUCAUAUUAGUCGCUGACGAGGGAUGGACUAUCGUACAGAGGGGAGGGCUACCACGUCUGGGAGACCACGGCUAUGACAACACUCUACCCAGCAUGCACCCCUUCCUGGUGGCAGUGGGCCCAGGCUUCCUUCCUGGUUACCGUCUCCCGCUGUUACAGAGUGUUGAUGUCUACCCAAUAAUGUGUCAGCUGCUUGGGGUUCCACCAGCACCAAACAACGGAUCUCUGUCCCAGGCACGCUGCUUCCUGGCUGGGGAGGACUGUGUCGACAUCCCCCUGGUGGUGGGACUGGUGGUGGGGGUACUGCUGGUUCUCACCACACUCACUGGACUCUUCAAGUUGUGGAGGCCACGGCGUCAGUCAUCCUCUCGUCCCUUCCAACGCCUCUCUAUACAGGACGAUGAUGAUGAUGACCCUUUGCUGGACUAGAGUAAUCAACUCCCAGCUCGACUAGACUGACCAAUCACAGAUCAGAACGUCAUAUCACAUCCAACCAGAGGUCAUCACCACCACGCUCCCAACAACCAAUCGGUACUCUGGUCAAACGUUUUGCACUAAAUAGGGAAGAGUGUCUAAUUUCAGACACAGCCAUACUCUGUUAUGAGACUAAACAGAGCAGUUGUCAGAUUUCAGAUUCACACACUCCUCUUUCUCUGUGGUACCAUACUCAUGCCAUUUUCAAAUAAAUGCAUGAACUAUAAAUAAACAAAUAUUAAACCACAAAUAGUUAAAAAUAAAGAAAUAAGACACCAAAGAGAACAGUCAGUUGGUAGAAACAAACUGGGGUUACUUGAAUAUGUCUAUAUACAAAGAAGCCACCUAUAAUGAUAACAUGUUAUAUAUGUUAUAAAAAUGUAAAAAAUCUCAGUUCAUUUGGAAAGAUUUGCAGACAAUCAUAAAGAAGUAUUCAUCAUUAUGUUUAAGAGAGAUUCUAGUAAAGGGAGGUAAAUCUGAAUAUUGAAGAGUAUAGUUCCUAAGAGUACCGCUAUAUUGCAGUAGUAUAUUGAACAGCAGUCAUGCUGUAAAGUUAUAUAGGUUUUAUUAAGGGUUUUAUGAGAUUCUGUAUACUACUGAGCCAGGGAGUGGAGUCAAAAACUGGACUGAAGCUAUGUUUCUGUUAGUCACUUAAUUUGAUUUUAUUUUGUAAUGUGUGUUUUCUGAGCUAAGCUAUAGCACUGGCACUAUAUGGCCUCCUGUAGUGUUAAGGAGACCUCUGUUAUGCUGUUAGAUUCAUGUUCAGGGGCCGCAUUUAUAAACGUUGCGUAAGUACAAAGAAUACCCCAAAACAUGCAUGCUCCAGUUUUCAUGAAAAAAUUGGCAUUUAUAUAAACUGAACUUGACUUGAAUGUGCUUAACUCCCCACAAACUUUAGACCAUGCAUAUGCUCAAUAUCUAGUGGUUAAAGUUUUCUAUUGCAAGCAGGCAUGUACUGAAAGUAGGCUGCCAGGAGCCAUUUGCUGUCAGUGAGAAAAGCCUAAAUCUAUGUUUUAUUUUUGGAAUGUAAAAUAAUUAGACCUAGGAAUCUAUUUCCUUAUUAUUUUAUUAAUGAUUGCAGUAGCCUAAAUUACUGUAUUGUAUAUUUUUUUGUAGCCUAGACGACGUUUCAGAAUUGGCGGGCAGUCCAGCAUAUUUCGGUUGAGGGAAAAGUCUAUGCAAAACAUGUUGAAUUCAAACGUUAUGCUGACAGGUCCACAACAAUUAGCCUUUUUUCCAUACACUGUCAGUCCUUUGCCAAAUACAUCAUAAGUUACUGCAAAUUAUUAAAACAUUCUGCCAACACUGUAAAUAGACCGGUAGCUUAUGUAACAUUUUUGACAGUAGGCUACAGUAUUGCUUUUCUAUAGGAGCGUGGAGUGCAGCAUCAUAGCAUAAUUAAUCUCAGAGCCUAUACCUACCAAGGCAGGAGAUAAUACAGUCUAUUGAAAAACAAAAUAUUGAACAAUUAGUUUUUGCUGUAGGAUUUACUUUUAAAUUGUUUCAAAUAAACAAUCAAUCUUGCAGAACGCACAGUGUAUAGCACUCCCUUUAGGCAGCAAGCAUGUUUAUUUAGAAAAAGUCACUGCAAAAUAUCAAAAUGUUCUGCCCACACCUCUACAGAAAUGUGAUCAAAUUAGCCAUUACCCUUUUUAUUUAUUUUUUAGAAACUGUCGUGGCCUAAUUCCAAUAGUUCCAAAUUAUACAGCAAAUAAAAGGUGUUAUUGUCACCAUAAAUGGUGACUGGUGCCGUUAUAAUGCUCGUUCACACACGCACAGUUUUAGGAUGGUUCGGAUUUAUAACUGGACAUAUGUGUAUGUAUGGUGUGCGCCAAGUUUAUAAAUCUCAAUAUUUUUUUCGUAUUCGGUUUCAGAAAUGGCGCCCACAGAUUUUGUUAUACAUUUACGCAGCGGUUAUAAAUGAAGCCCCAGGUCCUUUAUCUAAAAAUGAGUCACUUUACUGUUUUGUGUUUGUUUGAUUCUCUUCAAGCUACUGUGUGUGUGUGUCGGCUGAGAAAGGGUGUCCAAUGUCUUUUUAUUAUUCUUUAAAAUCUUUUUAUGCAUAUUUGUGUGGUUUGUUUCCAGAGCUCAGAUCUUCCAUUAUUAAAUGAUUGUAGUUGUGUAGAGAAGUCAAAGAUCUGCUGUUACUGUGGGUACUAUACCAUAGUUUCUAUGUUUGCAGUACUAUGAUUACUGUGCUGUUACUAUGGUUACUGUGUUAUUACUAUGCGAACCAGUUGAUGUCCCACCUCCAGGUGUCUACUGAAUUGGUCCUCUGUGUGUUUCUGCUCAUAUUGUCAUUGAAGGACAAAUAAAAGUAUAAAGUGUA